AUAGGGUCAUGAUGGAUCAAUUAUUGCAAACUGGAGACCUAGUUCCCAACAGCGAUAAAAUGAUCAGCACCGGUCAGUUGGGUCUCUUCUCUUGCAAAGGGAACAAUGACAAAUGAGGGCAGGCACCAUAGAUCUGUCAAAUGUGACCAAGGAUGGGGGAUUGGAAUUUGCUCGGGAGCAUUUUAGAGGAGGUCCACAUUCACUCCACUAUUGUGGGGAAGAUUUGGCUCACCAUCCUCUUCAUUUUCCGCAUGCUUGUGCUUGGUGUUGCGGCUGAAGACGUUUGGGAUGAUGAACAGAGUGAGUUUGUUUGCAACACAGAACAACCUGGGUGCAAAAAUGUUUGCUAUGACCAGGCUUUCCCCAUCUCCCUGAUUCGCUACUGGGUUCUUCAGAUCAUAUUUGUGUCCUCUCCAUCCUUGGUCUACAUGGGGCAUGCGUUGUACCGUUUGAGAACCCUUGAUAAGGAGAGACACAGAAAAAAAGCCUGCCUGAAAGCUGAGUUGGAGGGGGCAGACCCCGUACAGGACCACAAGCGAAUAGAGCGAGAACUCAGGAAACUAGAGGAACAGAAGAAGGUACGGAAAGCUCCCCUUCAAGGCUCCCUGUUGAGAACAUACGUUUUCCAUAUCUUGACCAGAUCUGUAGUGGAAGUGGGUUUCAUUAUAGGUCAAUGUGCUCUCUAUGGCAUUGGACUGUCUCCUCUGUACCGAUGUGAGAGGUUGCCUUGCCCCAACAGUGUGGACUGUUUUGUGUCACGACCAACGGAGAAAAAUAUUUUCAUGGUUUUCAUGCUGGUUAUAUCGGGAGUCUCUUUAAUCCUCAAUCUUCUUGAGAUUUUCCAUUUAGGGGUGAAAAAGAUCAAACAAAGUUUGUACGGUUACAAAUAUGGAGACAACGACAGUGCAUGCAGGUCCAAGAAAAACUCUAUGGCGCAGCAGCAGGGUUGCAUACUACCAAAUUCUUCCCCACAGAAGUUGCAACAUACACAAAUAAGCUGCUCGUUUCUGUCCAAUCGUGAUGAAGAUACACAGGACUUGACCGCCAUACCACCUCAUACUCAGGAGCCGAACAUCCCAAACCACCUGCCAGCACAAGCUUACCAGCCAAGCCAAGCUGACAUCAAGAGUCUGCAGCAACUUCGAGCUGUGGAGAGGCGACAUACUCUGGACAUGGGGAGGCAGUCAUCUUGCAGUGACAACUCCGAUGCACCUCAUAACCCCGGCAUGUUGCAGUACACAGAACCUCAACCUACAUUAAUGGCCAGCCACAUUAAUAUCCCUGCAGUCCUAAACUUUUCACAAGGAAAGCAGAGCAGAGUGAGUAUAUAUAAAGAAUUUAGCGAUGCAAGUGAUUCUCUUGGGAGUGACCUCUUCCCAACAACCAGGAAGAGCAGCUUCAUGUCCCGGGGAAUGUCUGAUGGAAGGCAGGGGACUCCAUCUCCCAGCCUAGAUUCUAUAAAUGUUACAAAUACUGAAGCUCAGCACUUCAACGGGGAAGAGAGUCCCAUAGAGACUCCACCGCUUCCAGGCAGUGGGAGGAGGAUGUCUAUGAACAUGAUUCUGGAGCUGUCUUCAAUCAUGAAAAAGUAAAUUCGGAGCUCAGAUGUGUCAUGUGGGAGCUGACUCAGCAGGUCUAACCCUGCCCUGUGUCUUCUUGUUGUAUGUCUGGGUAUUACUCACACUCUUAUAUUCAUGUGACAUGUUGCCAAACAUUGUACUCAGAGUAACGUUACUUUAGAGCAGUUCUUCUCAGAUAAUGGGGAGUUGGGGAUUGGCGUGUGACCCCAGGAAACUUGCUUUAUUAGUUCCAUGCUUCAAACCCGCUUUGAAAAGCAUGUGCACUACAAAAUGUGCUAAUUGUAGCCAUUAUUCCUGACUUCUAAAUGUAUUUAUUUUAAAAAAGAAAUCAGUAUACAUUGUUUUAUUAAUUUUUGUUAUAAAUAUUGUGCUACUGAGUUAAUGUUACUGAUCAAUUUGCAUGUAUUAUAUAUUAAGUUUAAUUUCAGGUUUCAGUAUCAAAUGGUUCGAGUUGGUCAAAAGUGAUUAUAGUUUGAAUAAGGGUUUCAAUGUAUUUUUUAUUUCUGCCAAAUGAUGCACUUUAAAUAUUUUCUGUUGCAGUCUCAAAAAAUUGUUGAUGAAAAUACUAUUUCUUGUAAGUUGAUCUAUAUUAAUUUAUGUAUUUUCUUUAAUGUUACUAAGGAUACAAUGCAGGAGUGUACUCAUAACAAUUUAUACACAAAUGAUAUCAUUCAUAGUCACGAUGGAGAUUGGGGGUGCAAAAUGUUUUCUUCUACCUAGAGGGAGUGAAACAGAAAAUAAAUGAGAAGCACUGUUUUAUAGUAAUAUGACUCAAAUAAAACUAUGAAGUAGUCAUACAAAUAAUUACUCAAGUACUGAGUAACUUUUGAUUUACUGUAUAUAGCAGCUAUUUUUAAUGGUGUCCGUGCGUGUGUGACAGAGAUCUAACUACAUGUGCUACAAAAGAUGCACAUUUUACAGUCACUCAUGAUGUUAACAGGACUAAUGUUAGCAUCUGCUUAACUACAACAUUAAAAAAAAACAUCUACAACUUACCAAAACGUGUUUUGUAUAGUUCAGGGGUCGGCAAACCAAAAUGUUGAAAGAGCCAUAUUGGACUAAGAAUACAAAAAAUAUCCGUCUGGAGCCGCAAAAAAUUAAAAGCCCUUCAUAAAUCUUAUAAUAAAGGCAACACAUGGUGUUAAAAUGUUAUAUAUAUUCUACACAAUUUUGUAAAAUUGGAAAACAUUAGUAAAAGGGAGGCUUCUCAGAGGCUGAGAUAACCCCUGGAAAUUACUGGCUUAACCUGGCCAACUGUGUCCAAGUUAAAGGACACGACAGGCUCUCUUCUCCUAAUGGAUUUAUUACAAUCUUUGCAAGCUGGGUAACGUUUGCUGUUGUCUGGAACAACAGAGUACACAAACAACUAUCAGAAUUGCAGACAAUAUUACAAACAGAUAAUGUGUCAUGAGACAUGCAAAUAUAAAUUAAAUAGAGGACAUAAGUAAAGGAAAUUAAAUGAGCUUAAAUAUACCUACAAACAAGGCAUAAUGAUGCAAUAUGUACAUACAGCUAGCCUAAAUAGCAUGUCGAUGAGCUUGGAGUCUUGCAAUGACCAAAUAUGCCUGAUUAGCACUCCAACAAGUCAAUAACAUCAACAAAGUUCACCUUUGUGCAUUUGCACAGUAUACAAUGUUUGGUGGACAAAAUGAGACAAAAAAGGAGUGGCAUAAAACACGUCUUUCUGUGGCAGCGUCGGAGAAAGUUGUAUGUAAACAAACUACGGUGAGUUCGAGAACCACCAAAAUUAGUAGGACAAAACGGCGCUUGCCAAAUACAAAUCUGGAAAGCUUGUUUGAUAUAAACUGGGAUUUCUAACAAUUAGGAAAGCUUUUGUCAUGUUUGUCCUUCUAGAGAAACCAUAUUAAAACAAAAAAAUAUACCCCCCGCCCCCACACCUUUUUCCAUUUUCAUGCAUUUUUGAGAAAGUUUCAGAGAGCCACCAGGGCGGCGCUAAAGAGCAGCAUGUGGCUCUAGAGCCGCGGGUUGCCAAUCCCUGGUCUAGUUGAAAGUUAAAUUUUUGUAGGCUGAAAUGUGAACAUUUCUACCGUCACAGAUGAGAGAGUAUGGUAUGAAUGUUAUUUUUUCCCCUAGUUUUUAAGGUAUGCAUUGCAGAGCUGUGCUGCCUCGUAUUGAGUGUAGUGUAGUCACGUCACUAGUGCUUACAUUAGAUUGAUGAAACGCACUCAUGUGACAGUGCCCGCGAGAAGAUGUCUCUCCAACAAGUCAAAAGUACGAUUAUGCAAGCAGUAAUCAAUAGACAACAAAUACAUAUAAUGAUGAUAUAAAUAACCUAUUUUUCGGACUAUAAGGCACACUUAAAAUCCUUUAAUUUUCUCAAAAAUCAACAGUG